ACAGCAAAAUGAUAUAUAAAGUUGAUGCAGUAAAGCGCCCACGGAACAGAUAAAUGCAUAAUUUUCACUGUAAUCUUCUUCGUUGAAUUUCAUUUCCCUAUUCGCAGAUCUAGUUUUUUCUUUUUUCCCUAUUUUUCCUUGCUUUCUAAUGAAUAUCAGGGUUUAAGAUUCGGUUAACUACCCCCAAAUUGCUUCCCCUCGAUCCCUAAUUUGCUCGAAGUCCGGGGGAGGUUCUCCAAGCAUUUAUGUUGUUGCGGAGUUGAAAAUUUGAUCUGCCAAGAUGCAUGUGAAGAGUGGUAAUGCGUCGAUUAGGGAUCGGACACAGGAGUUCUUAGGGAUAGCGGAAAGGGUGAAGAAGUCAUAUUCCUUGCAGAAUGGGCCGAGCAGCAGCGGAUCAAAGACGGAGGAGCCGCCACGGUCGGCAAUGGCGAUGCAGUCGGAGUUCAACCGGAGGGCGUCAAAAAUUGGGUUUGGGAUUCACCAGACGUCGCAGAAGCUAGCUAAGCUGGCUAAACUGGCAAAGAGGACGUCUGUUUUUGAUGACCCUACUGUGGAAAUCCAGGAGCUAACUACAGUUAUUAAGCAAGAUAUAACUGCUCUUAAUUCCGCAGUGGUUGAUCUCCAGUUUCUCUCCAAUGCACGCAACGAAAGAGAGCAUAUAUCAGCUGACACCACCACUCAUUCAACUACAGUUGUUGAUGAUUUGAAGAAUCGUUUAAUGAGCGCGACAAAGGAGUUCAAGGACGUUUUGACCAUGCGAACAGAGAACCUGAAGGUUCACGAGAACAGGCGACAAUUAUUUUCUUCUUCCGUUUCCAAGAAUCCAACAAAUCCUUUUAUCCGCCAGCGUCCUUUGGCUUCGAAAUCUGCUGCCAGUGCCUCAGCUGACUCUCCUGUUCCAUGGGCAAACGGCAGGAGCCAGGUGGAUGGGGAGUCUCAGCCAUUACUCCAACAGCAACAGAACCAACAGCAACAGCAAGUGGUUCCCAUACAGGACAGCUACAUGCAGAGUAGAGCUGAGGCUCUUCAAAAUGUGGAAUCUACAAUUCAUGAGCUGAGCAAUAUCUUCAAUCAGCUAGCUACCUUGGUUUCUCAACAGGGAGAGAUUGCUAUCAGGAUCGACGAGAACAUGGAAGACACAGUGGCAAAUGUGGAAGGAGCCCAGGGAGCCCUGCUCAAGUAUCUCAAUAGCAUCUCCUCAAAUCGGUGGCUGAUGAUCAAGAUAUUCUUUGUAUUGGUUUUCUUUCUCAUGAUAUUUCUAUUCUUUGUGGCGUAGAGACCUCGCACGUCAUUAUAUCAGAAGAAACUAUGAUAUGCGUUUGGACGGGGGAAGCCUGUGUUGUAAUCUUCCAAAAUCUACUUCGUCUUUGUAUAUCACAACAACAAUUCUUGAGGAGCUUUCCGUGUAAUUGUUAUAUAAUCAGGUGAUUCUGUCUUGAAGUCGUAUAAUUGGGUGAUUUCUAAGAUAGGAAAUCUCCGUGUAUGGCAACUCUAGUUGUUGAUUGAUAUUCUUGUGUAUUGCAUUUAAUUCAA